AUGAGCACGAGCAGUGCGGGAAUGAGCACCGUGCACCCGAACCACAACGGCUCCGGCUCGCGAGACAGCACGCGCGACAAUACUCGUGAAAGUGGCCGCGAUAGCUCUGCGAGAGGCAGCUACCGCGAUCGGGAACGGGAACGGGAACGGGAGCGUGAACGGGAACGAGAACGAGAACGAGAACGAGAACCGUCUGGUGACCGAUAUGCGACCGGCGCGAACUCACGGCACGGCCGCAGUGACAGCGAGGCAACAGGUGUUGCUUCCUCAGGGGGGUAUCCCGAGACUGCCCAAAGCGGUCCCCGGCGUGCACAUGAUUAUGACGUGCAGGCCAUGGAGACAACAUUGACUAGCCCGCGCUCAAUCACACGCAACCCGAUCCCAGCGCCUACGGUCACCGUUCGGUCCGAAUUCCCGACCAUUACCCGUUCACGCCAACAACAAACUCUCACAUGCCUUGUUACGAUAGAAGUGCCAGAUAGCAAAUGGCGUGCCGACCCAGAAGACUUACAACCGAGCAAUAUCGCGACACCCCAACUGCCUCCGCCUACCACAUCUCGCGGUACAAAUGGCGAGGAAAACUUUGGCCGCCAAACGUCACCCGAGCGACAGCCAGCGCCUCGUUUCUAUCCGUACGAAUCGCCCGAGGUCCUCGAGGAAAUGACAGAAAAUCUGCGCAACCGUGUGGAUAACUGGCACGGCCUUGACUUCAGCCGAUUUGGCAAGCUGCGCCUUUACGGCACUCUGCGUGUCGGUAAGGACAAGGUAUCAUGGCAGGAGCUUGAGUGCUUCCUCUUCGCUGAGAUGCUUAUUUGCGUCAAGGAGAAGAAGAACUCUGGGAACGCCACGCCUGCCUCGCAACAGCAGCAGUGGGAGGGGACGAAUGGCUCUCCUGUUCGCAAGACGACUCGUUGCACACUGAAGGGCUCCAUCCUGAUCAAGAAGCACCUGAAUGAGGUCACAGAGACGGGCACAAUUGACGAAAAUGUCUUGACGCUGAGCUUGUCGGUGGCAGAGCUCCCGCAGUUCCAUCUCCGUUUCGACAACCGCAACCAACUCAAGCUUUGGCAGCAGGCGUUGCUUGACUUAAAUGCCAUAGAGUCGUCACCUAUUCGCAGCCCUGCGUAUGACCGUGGCGAAUUUUCGGAGACAGAAGAGGAAGAUUGGCAGCAGCGUACACCUGGUAGUGGCCGUGUGGAACGUGUGUCGUCUCUUGCAUCAUCGUGGGGCGGAAACAAAUCCAUCACCACCGCGGCAACGGAGUACACAAGCUAUACAAAGAGCCCUCUCAUACCAGCACCAUCAGCAUCGGUCCAUGUUCCGAUCGAUGUUGUUGUGGUUGUCCCUAUCUCUUCGUCCAUGCAGGGCGUCAAGAUCAACCUGGUACGGGAUGCUCUACGCUUCAUGGUGCACACGCUUGGCGAGCGUGACCGCAUGGGUCUUGUGACAUUCGGUUCUGGCGGUGGCGGGGUUCCUCUUGUGGGCAUGACGACCAAGUCGUGGCCCGGAUGGAGCGGCGUCCUGUCUUCGAUCAAACCGGUUGGCCAGAAGAGCCACCGUGCGGAUGUAGUCGAGGGCGCCAAUGUCGCUAUGGAUCUACUCAUGCAGCGCAAGUACAACAAUCCUAUCGCAACAAUCAUGCUAAUUAGCGACGCGUCGACCUCUGAUGCGGACAGCGUGGACUUUGUUGUGUCCCGUGCCGAGGCAGCCAAGAUUACGAUUCACUCUUUUGGCCUGGGCAUGACGCACAAGCCGGACACGAUGAUUGAGCUGUCGACUCGGACCAAGGCCUCGUACACGUACGUCAAGGACUGGAUGAUGCUACGGGAAUGCCUGGCUGGUUGUCUUGGGUCUAUGCAGACUCUGUCGCACCAGAACGUGAAGCUCAAGCUCAAACUGCCCGAGGGCUCUCCCGCCAAAUUCCACAAGAUCAGUGGUGCGCUGCAGAUUACGAAGCGAGCCACGGGUCGCGAUGCGGAGGCGCUGAUGGGUGACCUGCGCUUCGGCGACAAGCGCGACAUUCUUGUGCAGCUUGUCAUCUUGCCCGACAACUCUUCACAGGAGCAGUUGCCGCAGGAUGCAUGGGAGACCAUCGUUUCCGGUCUGGAGGCUCUGGGCGGUCCCGUUGAUCAGGACGAGCCGCGACCCGUGUCUGUUGAGGAGGUCCCUCUCAUUCAGGCCGACCUUAGCUGGGGUGAUAUUCUGCGUGAUGGCACUGUCGUCCAGAUGCCACGGCCAUCGCUCUUGGCCAUCACCAUGCUCCCGCCCACCAGCCAGCACAAGUCGCGGUCGUGGCAAAAUACGCCGCCCAUCCCCCCUCACCCGAGCAUUGUGCAGCGUCGGAUGGAGCUUCUUACGUCCGAUAUGCUAACCCGGGCACUGACACUGGUUAGCCGCGGACAGCAUGAACGUGCGCACACGCUCCUGAACGAAACGCGGUUGAUCCUGAAGGGCCUGGGCAAAGGCGGUUUGCCGCCUGUCCCUCCUCUGCCUGGUAUUGGUAAGAUCGGUGGCGCUUCGGUGCCUACAACGCCACACCCGGGUGGUGAUGGAUCGCCCAUUAUGCAGAUUGGCACGCCCGAUCGGAAGCGCACACCAUCGCCCGCUGCCUCGUCGACUUCUGCGACGGCGUCCGGUUUCCCUCUGUCGAACACAAUGCUUCCGCGCACCCGGUCCAACGAUGCGCUUGGCGGCGCCAUGGGCACGACCGCCGGCAUUGAUGCCAAAACUGUGGCAGCUCUCGACGCCGAGCUCGAGGCCAGUCUCGAGUGGAUCAACCAUCCGGCCGUCUUUGGCCGUGAUAGCCGCAAGGCGGUGCUCCAGGCUAUUGGUGUGAUUAGCUCGCAGCGUGCGUUCACUUUCCGCACGCCGAUCGAGGGCCUCUGGGCCAACCGCGUCACAGGCGUCAAGCGGCUGACAGAGAAGAGCCGCGAAUGGCGCGAGGAAGGUGGUGGCGAAGGCGGCAUCAUGGAAGAGGCAUAA